CUCUUCCAGCACCACUGAUCCAAAAUUUGAAUCCAAGUCAUUCAAGGAAAAUGAAACACCAAAAGUAGCGAAUCCGAGGGUGCGGGGAUUGGCUGUUUGUAGCCACGUGUGCGGAAGCUGCGUGUGCCGAUGGCUGCGGAGAGGGAGCGGGGAGGUGCGGGAGCUUGUUCCCCUCAGUCUGGGCUCCCAACACCGGGGCAGCCCCUCUGUACCCGGACCCCUAGUAGCAGAGAAGGCGGAGGGACGUCGGGUCGCUCCUUCAGGAGGACCCCACUUGGACCAUCCAGAAAAUUAAACGCAAGCUUUAAAUCACCGCUAAAGACCUCCCUGGACCCUGAGCUUGACUCUGCUGGUCUUCAACUUCAAGUGGAAAAUCUGAGGAAGAAAUGUGAUGAUCUUGAUCAUCAGAUUGCAGAACUACUCUCAGAAGGGUACACUCUGAAAGAGCUGGACCAGCACAUUGAUCAGCUCCAUGAGUACAAUGACAUCAAGGACGUGGGCCAGUUACUGUUGGGAAAACUGGUCAUCAGAGGGGUGACCACCAGAGAGCUGUACAGUGAGUUUGGACUGGAUUUGGAAGACUAGACUACAAGAAGAGGAGGAUGUGGAUUGUUAUCUGUCAUAAUUUGGGUCUUCACAUUGAUUUCACCAACAAAGAAGACAGAGAGGAUUAUGAUCCAUGAGCAAAAGCCACUGGAAUACUUGGUGUUGAAGUCAGGUGCAGUGUCAGAUGGUGCAACCCAGUUUAAAAACCCAGUAGAUUUCAAGUAGCAUUGCUGAUGGAUGUUCUGGUAGUUGAGUUUAUGGACUUGUUACAAUGGCACCUCCAGUGUUUAUCUUCACUGUUCAGCUCUGAUAUCCCAAGCCUCUUUAUUUGUGUUUUGUUGUACAAGGUAUUCCUUGUUGAGUAAUUAGGGAAAUCCCCUCUCUGUUCAAUGCUUUCCACUGAGUCCCAGCUGUUCUGAGUGGGAAGGAUUGGCAUUAGAUUUCAGCCAGUUUACUGAGAAAUUACCUCCAGUUUGACCACCUGCAGAUUCUCCAGUGAAUCCUCAGCCCAAUGUUUGAGAAACAGGUGAAAAGUGAAAAAUGUGAUUCAUACUUAAAGGUUUGCAUAUCUACCUCCUGCCAACAGAGGUGAUGGUUUCUGUUUUCCUGGUGUGUGGACAGUGAAUGUCAGAAGGUUGUUCUAUUAUUCGGGCAUCUCAGUUGAGUCCAGUUUUGACCAGACUCUGAACAGGUCACUCCUGCAGCAGGAGGACUGUGAUCAGGAGCAGUCACCCUGCUCAAUUACCUUUGCCACACACAGGCUGGAGACUGACUGACUGAUUUCCCCAACAACCAUCACUUGUCCUCUGUGUGGGAGUUACUGAUUCAUUAUUGUUAAAGAAAUCUUAAUUAGAGGUUUAAUCCUUAAGAGGUCAUCAGGACUACAUUGUGCCAAUCUCUGGGACUUUAUUUUGUAAUUGUUGUUUGUUGGUCAGUUUUGAUCCUCUACAUUUAAUAAAAAGAAUUUGUUCAGUG